AGUUUGGGGGCAGGGGGGCAGCCGCCCCAAGGAACCUCUCCGCGAUGGGAGCCGCCCGCCUGCUGCCCAACUUCACUCUGUGCUUGCAGGUACUGAUCCUCUGCUGUCAAACUCAGGGGGAGAAUCACCCGUCUCCUAAUUUUAACCAGUAUGUGAGGGACCAGGGCGCCAUGACCGACCAGCUGAGCCGGCGGCAGAUCCGCGAGUACCAGCUGUACAGCCGGACCAGCGGCAAGCACGUGCAGGUCACCGGGCGUCGCAUCUCCGCCACUGCUGAGGAUGGCAACAAGUUUGCCAAGCUUAUAGUGGAGACAGACACGUUUGGGAGCCGGGUACGCAUCAAGGGGGCUGAGAGCGAGAAGUACAUCUGCAUGAACAAGAAGGGCAAGCUCAUCGGGAAGCCCAGCGGGAAGAGCAAAGACUGCGUGUUCACGGAGAUCGUGCUGGAGAACAACUACACGGCCUUCCAGAACGCCCGGCAUGAGGGCUGGUUCAUGGCCUUCACCAGGCAGGGCCGGCCCCGCCAGGCCUCCCGCAGCCGGCAGAACCAGCGAGAGGCUCACUUCAUCAAGCGUCUCUACGAGGGCCAGCUGCCCUUCCCCAACCAAGUCGAGAGGCAGAAGCAGUUCGAGUUUGUGGGCUCAUCCCCCACGCGCCGGACCAAGCGCACUCGGAGGCCACAGCCCCUGACGUAGUCAGGGACACAGUGUGGGGGCAGCUGCCACUCACCAGCCUUCCUAUCCCCUUCCCUU